AUGCUUAAACUAUUGAAAACGCAACUUCGUCCGGUGGAGAGUCCGGUGUCCGGCCAAGCGCUACCAAUUUCCGGACACUCUCACAUCGAUGAUUGCGGGUACUACGAUCCGAAUCACAUAGAAAUAAAUCACAGGCUGCCGUACCUAUCGUUCGUGCAUUUAAUAUCGGUCGACCAACCAGCAGAUGGAUCGCUUGAUGGUUGUUCAUGUAUCCGCUACACGUCGACGUAUGGCAAGGAGCGUGGCACGUUCAGCAGCCCCGACUACCCGCGCCCCUACCCGUCCCGGAUCGACUGCCUCCUCUACACCUUCGUCGCGGCGCCCCACGAGAUUGUCGAGCUCGUCUUCACAGACUUCGACAUUUUCAAGGAGCAUCUUGAGUGA